UGACGUGGGUUUUCAAGAUAUUUAAAAUGCUUUACGGUGUAAUACUGCUAGCAUAUUCCUGCCAGAACAUGGUAUUAAUAUUAAUGAAACUUAACAAAAAAAAACAUAGAAGAUGAACUUGUCAUUUGCUGGCUGUGGAUUUCUAGGAAUAUACCAUGUUGGAGUAGCUAGCUGUUUCAGGGAAUAUGCACCUCAUGUUCUUGUAGAAAAAAUUGCUGGAGCUUCUGCUGGAGCUUUAACUGCUUGCUGUCUUAUUUGUGAAGUCCCAUUAGGGGAAAGUACAACUGAUGUACUUAAGAUUGCAGUCAAAGCAAGAUCUAGAGUAUUAGGUCCAUUUCAUCCAGGUUUUGACAUUAACACCAUACUUUAUGAUGGUUUGGUCAAAAUCUUGCCAAGUAAUGCUCACCUGAGAUGCAGUGGGCGAUUGCAUAUCUCCGUAACUAGAGUAUCUGAUGGAGAAAAUGUCUUACUCACACAGUUUGACAGCAGAAAAGAUCUUAUACAAGCUCUUUUAUGUAGCUGUUUCGUACCAUUCUAUUCUGGGCUAUUACCACCAAAAUUUCAUGGAGUGGCUUAUAUGGAUGGAUGUUUUAGCAACAACCUUCCAAUAUUAGAUGAAAACACUGUUACAGUUUCACCAUUUUGUGGAGAAAGUGACAUCUGUCCCCAGGAUAGCAGUUUCAAUAUCAUGCAGAUUAGCUUAGCAAAUACUAGCAUUGCUAUUUCACCAUCCAACUUGUACAGAUUUACAACAGUUCUGUUUCCACCUCAUCCUGAAAUUCUCAGUAAAAUGUGUCAGCAAGGUUUUGAUGAUACCUUGAAAUUUCUACAAAGACACAAUCUCAUCUCAUGUAUGAGAUGUUUGGCUGUGCAAUCCAGCUUCUUGCUUAAAGAAGGAGACAAUCCUGAAGAUGUGAAUGAAGAAAUGUCAUAUGCUUUGGAUGUCGAAGGUGAAUAUGAUGGUUGUUCGGGCUGCCAAGAACGUCAGCAGAUAGCUUUGUUAGAUAGUUUACCAGAAACAGUUGUCAGAGCCAUUCAAGAGGCAACAGAUCAGGUAAACAAAGGAGUUAUUAACUGGGUUUUCCGUCACAAGCCUGUGAAGCUGUUAUCUCUUCUGACUCUUCCAUAUGUUCUUCCUUUUGAUGUUACAGUUGUCAUCUUUUGCAAGAUUUGGCAGAUGGUGCCGACUCUGCAGAAGGAGGUACGAUCCAGUCUUGUUGCUGUGCUGGGGAUCGUUAAAACUAUUAUCCAUUCAGUAAACAGAAAGCGUCAUCAGUACAGUGCCAAAUUCUCUUGUCAGUUGGCUAUCACAGAAUAUGAUUAUAGUCUUGAAGAUACCCCAGCUGCAUACUUGACAUCCAUGAAUGUUAAUUCUCUGGCCUCUCAAGGAAUGUCUCGGUCAUACCCGUUUUUUGUUGAUAGGCAGAGUAAGUCAAUGGAAGACAUCAGGAUUGAACAAGGUUACAACCAGUCCAUAACAUCUUGGUUACCACGUAGACGCAGAUCUACUGGAACUGAAGUUCGAGGACCAGAAAGAAUCAUCAAUAGCAUGGAGUUUGGCUUCACCAUUAAUUUGGAUGAUUCUAUAGAUGCAUCUUCAAGUCAGAAAAGAAAGCUCAUGACGGCUUUUAGAUCUCUUAGUGAAGAUGAUAAUCUUCGUGCCAUUGAUAUUGCCAAUAAAGCUUUGAACCUAGAUCUUAAUAAAUUCUGUGGUACCAUUGAAUCUAAAAAUGCCGACAACUUUGAGCGUAUUUUGGAAGCCACAGCAAAUCAUGAUGCUCUGAUGGCUUUUUACUAUCUUGAUGAUAACAUGCAGGUCAAGGUUACAGAAAUUUUCAAUGUAACAAAUGCUGACACCAGUGCUUUCUUGUCACCCGAGGAACAAGAGGCUAAUAAUCAAAUGGAAUGGGAAGACAACUAUGGAUUGGAACUGAUGGAUCCACCACAGCUUCUAAAUCUGUUCGAUCAACCUGAAGAUAGUAUAUAUAACUUUUCUGAAGAUUUCAUAAGAACUGAAGGUGAUGGAAUGUCAGAUUCACAUUGUCCAUCUCCCCUUUCAAGAGAUUACAGAGCAGACAUCGGUAAUAUUGUCAAUGAAAAUAAAAACUUUCGAUCUAGUGGAAGUGGGGAAAAUGUUGAUGAUUAACUAGUAUUUAUUGAAUCAAGAGUUGUUUUUUUUGGACUGGUAAUAUUGAAACAUCUGUUGAAUGCAGUGAUAAUAUAUUUAUUAAAAUAUUGGAAAUUUUUCACUUUCAAAAUGUUGCGGGUUCAGGCUGAAUAUAAUAGAUUAUGUAUAGCAACUGAAUAUGACAUAUUUUUUCAAGGACAUUUAGUGGACUGUGUUUAAUAUAAUGGUAACAUAUAUAUAUAUAUAUAUUAAUCUUUUUGUUCCCAGAAAUUUCAUUUGUGAAAAGAUAAUGUCUUAUUUUAACAAAUGAGUUCUUCAACUUCUCAUGCUCAAUACAUGAAUCCUUUUUCAUACUAUACUUACUUAAUAGGAUCAAACAUGUAAAAGAAAGUCAUUAGUAAAGCCAUGUGUUAAGUCAAAAUUGCGAUAUCCAAAACAGACCAUUUUCCAGUCAACUCGUAAGCAAACUUUUGUUAUAAUUCUUUUCUUGUACAAUAUAUUAUCUAAUAAUUGCAAACAUUUGGUGAACCAAAUGUGUGCAAGAUACAAUGAUUGAAUUAGGUUUGCCUAUUUCUAAUAAUACUUGGUAAAAAAAAUAUGAAACUGUAGUGAUAGUAAGAGAAUUAUUGAAUAUUAUUUGUGUUUAAAAAUAAAUAAAAGAAUUUCAUGUGUUUUAUCAUUGUAAAUUUUGAAUAUUUUUCUUUUAAUGUAUAAAAAACAACAAAAUUGGAAACUAUACAUUGCACAGCGUUAAGGUUGUGUUAAAAAUGUCACAAUCUGGUAAAUUUUAAUGAAGCUGAUUUACUCUGUAAAUUAUUAAUUUCAUGCUUUUUGAAAGACCUUUUUCCACCUAUAGUAGAACAUGAAGUGAUUUCAAGUUUACUUUGUUCUAAAGCUAUCUUCAUUUACGAAACUAAAAUAAAUUAUUUCCAUCAUCUAUUAUUGAUAAUGACUUAGAGAGUUGAAAAGGAUGACAUGCCAGAAUUUAGGGUAAAACUUGUUUAUGGCUAUUUAAUGUUCUACUAGCUUUCAAAGUGUUUAUGAUACUGUCAGUUAUGAAUUUAGUUUUAUUAGCUAUAGAACUAAUAAAAACUACAUGUAAUAAAGAAUUACAUCAAAGGUCCUCUUUGUGUAGUUUAACAUGUUGUAACACUUGACCCUUGGAGAUACAGCUGACUUAGCUGUGAACAAUAUUAACUUAAUAAAACUUGUUUCUUUGGUCUUUUUUAAGUACAAUGUUUCACAAGCCAUAUAAUUCUUACUUACUUGCAUACAUGUAUGCAUCUUAGCUUGUAACUGCAAUCAGUCCUGGUGACUUCAAUGCUGCUGCAAUCCAUUGAAUAUUUCAGAUUUUGUUCAGGAAUACAAGACUGGAAGAUUUUUGUGGGAUAGUGAUAGUUGUGGUCAACCUCCACUGUGAUGUUUAUGUUUUAUACCAAAAAAGAAAUUGUUGAUCUUCACUUAACCACAAUCCAUUGAAUAUUUUAGAUUUUGUUCAGGAAUACAAGACUGGAAGAUUUUUGUGGGAUAGUAAUAGUUGUGGUCAACCUCCACUGUGAUGUUUAUGUUUUAUACCAAAAAAGAAAUUGUUGACCUUCACUUAACCAAAAGCCAUUGCCGAGGAAACUAUAUUUAAAAUUUUUGUUGUUGAAAAAUAUCUUCUGUUAAACUCAUAAUUGAUGUUGGGAUGAAAAUCUGUCUCUUCAAAACCAUCAUAUCAAUCAUGUACUCUCCGAGUUGUGUUAUGCUAUAGAAAAAACAAUAUUCUGAAAUCUUAUUCAGAAAUUAUAUGAUGUUAAAUAUUUUGAAUAUGUUUCUUUUUUGAUAAAAUUUUGAAUAAUGUUAUUCUAGGAAGUAAUUUGCCAAGUAAAAACUCCAAAGAAAAUUGUACAAUUGCUGAUAUUGUUUGGUAAAAGUUGAGAUCUAAGUCAUUAUUUGUUACAAAAUGUUCUAUAUUUAAACUCAAACUAAAAAGUCUGGUAACUUAUUUUUGUGUUUUCUCUGUUAAACAAAUUUGUAUUGUUAAAGUUGAA